AUGUGGCCGGGCCCCGCGCUGCUGCUCCUAGACCUGGGCCUGGGCCUGGGUCUGGGUCUGGGCAGCCAGCCCGCAUCCCUUGGCCCUCGCGGGUUGCCAGGCGUGCUCAGGGGCGCUCCGAGAUCGGGGCAGGGCGCAGAGAGCAGCGUCCAGGGCAGUGGCACCGGUGGCCUAUCCUCGCGCACAGCCCCGCGCCGCGCCGCCGGCCAAGCGCUGCCUCGUAAGUGUCCCACUGGUGCAGCCGCGCGGGUCCUCCUGAAAGUCAAUUCCUCGGACCCCGCAGCCACCACCGCCAUGGUGUCUUGCCAGAUGGCCACCUGUACCAUGCAGCGGGUGAAGAUCAACAGGAAUGACCAGACCGGUCCUCUUAUCCUGAGCAGGAACGAGGAAGUCACCCUCAAUGUCACUAUGCUCUGGGACUGCCCCGAAGCCAUGGUCAUUCGCAAGAGGUGGCUGUACUUUUUUGUGGCCUCUGUGAACGACACGCCGGACUGGAACCGACCUGUGAGCCUGCCACAGGUACAGGUGACUAAGUUUUCCUCGAUCCACAUCCCCAAAUCUGCCCUGCCUUACGGGGUGUAUGUGUUUAACUUCACGCUGUCCAUCAUCAGGUGGGACCCCACCUUGCCCCCGCUGACAGACUCAGAUAACAUCUAUAUUUGGGUUAAAAAACGCUCCCUGAUGGCUGUUCUUCCUGGAGCCGCCAAUGUGGCGGUGAAUUUCUCCGAGGAACUGAUUCUGAAUGGAAGCACGUCCUAUGACCCUGAGGCGGACAAUCCCACAGAGGGACUCCAGUUUUUCUGGUACUGUACCACAAAUCCAAGAUACUAUGGUGACAACUACGUAUUAGUGACCAACCGGGAUGUCUGUCACCCAGAGCAGGAUACACUAGACUGGCCUUGGGCAGUGGGUCCUGUACUAACCAUUCCACCAGAAACUCUUAGGGGCAAUGCCGUGUAUUACUUCAGAAUGGUCGUACGUAAACAAAACAGAACUGUGUUUUCCGAUAAAACUGUACGGGUGAUCAAAGGCCUUCCCCCUAAGGCGCGCAUUUUAUGCAUUGAAAAUUGUGACCCCACUUUAGUCGUGUCAGAUAGAUUCUCUCUGUUUCUGGAUUGCACAGGUUGUACCAGCCAGGAUUUUUAUAGAUGGUCCAUUUUGUCUCGUUCAGGUCAUGAAGUAAUGUUUGACUGGGCAGGGCAAACUGUCACCAGGAGGAAUGGGGCUUAUUUGUCUAUAAAAGCUUUUGCCUUUAGGAGUUUUUUGGAAAACGGGUUUUGGGUUUCUCUGGAUCUAAUAUCUUGGAGUGGUGCAACCAUGAAUUUGAAACAUCCCUUUGUCAUUAACCACGGCCCUCAAAUUGGCAAAUGCACGAUUAACCCAGCGAAAGGGAUUUCGAUGGUCACUCAAUUUGUUGUUGAAUGUCGUGAUUUUAAGGAUAAGAAUCUCCCCCUUACGUAUAAAAUAAUAGUAGCUGAGUUGGACAGCAUUGGUGAAAUCAGCUCAGUAGAGGAGACUACACUGGGGACCAUAGCGUAUUUAGGGACACAGUCUACAACACCUGCUUUCUUUCUCCCUGCUGGUAUGGUGGCAAAUCACUACAAUGUGAGGCUGUAUGCUCAGGUCUACAACACACUAGGGACUUUUUCUCAAGUGACUUUGCAAGCCACUGUACAGGUGCCAACUGUCAGGGACUCUUCGAAGAAAGUUUUAGAACAGCUGCUCAACUUCACCACGGAACCGGCAUCACCACUGUCUACUUCGCUUCGAAGGCAGGACUGGUUACCGGCAGGCUACCUACUGUAUGUGGUGGCUUCCGUCUUGAAUAACAUAAAAGGGGAGCUCGAUCUCCAAGGUGAUAGAGUCCGUCUCCUGGAGCACCUCGUCAACCAGUCUUUUGUGCCAGCUGUGAGCACGCUGGAGGAGAUUUGCCAGGUGGUGAUGGUGAUUGCCAAACUAACCCAGAAAGCCUCUGACUUCAGUCCGUCGGUUUCGGUGGAUGCCACGUUACGACUGUGGCAAGCAAACCAAGCCCUGCAAGCGUACCAGCGCAAAAACAAGCACUCGCACUCCCGGCAGAUUGAAAUUGUGGGCACUGGCAUCCUAACUGGCCUGUCUAACAUUCUUAAGCUGACUAACCCUUACCGCGUGUUCAAGGACCCUUUCUUUGUAAUAGAAUCUCUAUCAGACACAAUACUGGCUAACAAGGUGCCGGAAAGCAAAACCACUGUACUGAGGACCAGCAACUUCAACAUGUACGUGGAGAAGGUUGAAAACUGGAAUGUUUUUAAGGCCUUCAGAAAUGAGACACGCUGCCCAAACUGCCUCCGUGCAACACUGAACGCAAGCAGGGUUCCUGGGCUAUCAUCAAAAGGUCCGGUUUCUAUGAUGUUCUGUGAGUUCACAGAUGACCCCUUUCCUUGGUUGACUUACCCAGAAAACGUUUCUGCAGAUGUGGUUGCGUUCAGAAUGACAGGAGCCACAGAUAGAGAUAACACCAUAGAGAUCACACCGGACGCAGCAGAUGUGUAUCUGGUCAGGAAAGAUCUGGCCUUUUCAAGUUUUAGCCUUAUGAUGGGGCCAGGCAUUGAAAGUGCUGGGCUCUCGAAGAUGACAACAGGUGGAAUUAGCUUUGAGGUGGACAGCAGAGGGACUGGGGAGGUACUGGUUCACAUUGUCACAAACGUGACCGUGUUGUUCAAGGCCUUGAUAUACGCGGAUAGCCAGGUCACUCCCACCAAUCUGGUGGCCGUCUUCCUCGUACCUCAUGAAGUCCCUCCCACUGCCACGUGGAGUGGCCUGUUUGACCCGACCUGUCCAGUCAAGGAGGCCCGUGUGGUUUGUCUGUCGUCAUCCCUGCUUCGAACCAUAGCUCAGCGCAACCAUUCAUUAAAAUAUAACAUAUCCGUGGUCCUGCAGGCAUCUCGUUUUGUCUUUAAGGUCACUAACAAGCUGGUGAGAAUUGCUCUAUUCAUGGUCUACUGUUUGGAUAUGUAUGGGAUCCAGAGUGAGUGGCGAGAAGGUGCCUGUGUUUUGGGCGAGAGGACCACGUGGCAGACAGUCCACUGCAUCUGCAGGAACACGGGGCGGAGACGGCGGCAGCUGCCUUCUAUGGAGCUGGCCUACCUUCAUCUACGUACCCGCUUUGUGACUGCUAAGGUGAUUGUGAUCCCCAACCCUGUGGAUCUGAGGCUGAAGGUCAUUAGCAGCCUUCACCAAAACCCUGUGACCUUCCUGGCUGUGCUUUUCAUUACGGUGCUAUAUGUUAUUCUGGCUUUCUGGGCUUUGCACAGGGAUGUGAUGGAUCAGUAUCUUCGGGACCAUGUGGUAAUACUGACUGACAAUGAUCCCUUUGAUAACAUAUGCUACCUGGUAACCAUCUUUACUGGGAGUCGCUGGGGGUCUGGAACUAGAGCCAAUGUGUUUAUCCAGCUUAUGGGAGCAGAGAGUACCAGUGACGUGCACUGUUUAAGCCAUCCAUACUUUAGAACUCUCUACCGGGGAAGCAUUAACACUUUCCUCCUAACGACAAAAAACGACUUGGGGGACAUCCAUUCCAUCCGUGUGUGGCACGACAACGAAGGCAAAACGCCUAGCUGGUACUUAAGUCGAAUCAAAGUAGAAAAUCUCUUCAGCAGACGCAUUUGGCUGUUUGUGUGUCGAAAGUGGCUCUCUGUGGACACCACUUUGGAUGCGACCUUUUCUGUCACCAGCCCAGAUGAGCCCCUGAGAAGGAAAGAUUUCUUCCUGAUUGACCUGAGUCAUAAGCUUGGGAAAAACCACAUGUGGUUCUCCGUUUUCACCGAUGUUGUCCCCAAACCAUACAACAGGCUCCAGAGGCUGUCCUGCUGCUUGGCCAUGUUGCUAAGCUCUCUUGUUUGUAAUAUCAUGUUUUUUAAUCUGAACAGAAAAGAGCAAACUGAGUCCAGAGAGGGCCGCAUCAUCAGGUCAAUGAUGAUAGGAAUUGAAAGUGUCUUAAUCACAAUCCCCGUGCAAUUAUUGAUAACUUUUUUCUUCACCUAUUCCCAGAAGAAGCCUCAAGUGAGUCUAGAUGAAGUGGCACCUCAGAAGCACCCUCUGAUGUCAGAGGAAAGUCUGUUCUGGAAACAGCGAUUGGACAAAUGGCAUGAGUAUGAAAUGAAGGCGUUGCCCAAUAAAGCUUCCAAGUCCACCUCUGCUUCCAGGGAGAAACCUUUAAAGAAAGGACAAACUUCACAGACGAGUAAGAAAGCAGGCAGCAAUGCCCCAGAUACCCAAAAGUCCAAUAAAAACUUCAGUAACAGUAACCUAGACAACAGUGAAGAUGUCUCUCCGAAAGACUCCUCUACUCAGCUGGAUACCACCCAGCCAGUUAAAAAUAAGACCCAGAUUAUGCUGCCCAGGUGGUGUGUUUAUAUAGCCUGGUUUUUGGUGUUUGCCACGUCAGGCGUGUCGUCGUUCUUUAUUAUAUUUUAUGGCCUGACUUACGGUUACGACAAGUCAGUAGAGUGGCUCUUAGCAUCUUUCUGCUCUUUCUGUCAGUCUGUGUUCCUCGUACAGCCGUGCAAGAUUCUACUGAGGUCGGGCACCAGGACAAAAAAUCCCAAGUAUUGUAAGAACCUCUCGUGGUCCAGCAAGUACCAUUACACAGAAAUCAGGCUGCAGGAGACGAAGAUGACUCCAGAGGAGAUGCAGCAGCUCCAUGAGGACAUGGACUACAUCCGGGGCUCGAGCAUAUACCAGCCCAUCACCGAGGACAGACUCCAAAUACUCCGGCGGAAGAAUAGGGUCAAGAGGCGGUCCCUCUUGUUCCUGAGCUACCUUGGGACCCAUGUCAUAUUCCUAACCUUUCUCCUGUUGUUCAUUGUCUCACUGCGCCAUAAUGACAGUUUCUACUACAACCAGUUUAUUCGCCACCAGCUCUCCGUGAAUCUUGCCACCGUGGUGAAGUUGGAAGAUGUCUACACAUGGCUCGACAGCGUGCUCCUGCCUUUGUUACACAAUGACCUGAACCCAACAUUCCUCCCAGGCAGCUCAUCCAAAAUCCUUGGCCUUCCACUCAUGAGGCAAGUGAGGGCCAAACCUAGCACCAAAACGUGCCCGCUGGCCAAGAAGUUUGUACAGAGCAGCAUCUCGGGAGAAAUCCGUUGUCACCCACAGUAUGGCAUUGACCCAGAAGACACAAGACAGUAUUCCAGUGUUUGGAAUAAGGCUGGCAAGCGAUCUACAGACAAAACCAGCAAUGGGUUUACUUAUAAGCCUCCAGAAAAGAAAUGGGUGUAUUAUUCCUACGGAGUACUAAACACCUAUGGAUCUGGAGGGUACGCAUUCUACUUCUUUCCAAAACAGCAGAUGUUUAAUUCCACCCUGAGGCUCAAGGAACUUGAGGGGAAGAAUUGGCUUGAUGAGAUGACAUGGGCUGUGAUUGUGGAAUUAAGCACUCUGAAUCCAGACACCAGUCUGAUAUGUAGCAUUUCGGUUGUAUUCGAAGUCUCUCCCUUAGGGGUUGUCAACUCCAGCCUCUCUGUGUACUCUUUCUCACUGGCUGACUUCAACAGACAGACUUCCGCUGAAAUAUACCUCUACGCGGGCAUUCUCAUAUUCUUCUUUGCCUACGUUGUGGACGAGGGCUACAUCAUCUUGCACGAGAGAGCUUCCUACUUAAGGAGCGUGUACAACACGCUCAACUUCGCUCUGAAGUGCAUGUUUGCUUUGUUGAUAGUUCUGUUCUCGCGGAAGCACCUCCUGGCCACCAGAAUGGUCCGGCUUUACCUAACUGACCCCGAAGCUUUCGUCCCCUUCCAUGCUGUCUCUCGGAUUGAUCACUUCAUGAGGAUCACCUUGGCCUUUCUGUUAUUUCUGACCAUACUGAAGACUCUCAGGUAUUCCAGGUUCUUCUACGAUGUACGCCUGGCUCAGAAGGCCAUCCUGGCUGCCCUUCCUGGCAUCUGCCACAUGGCUUUGGUAGUAUCUAUGUAUUCCUUCAUGUAUGUAGCUUUUGGGUAUCUGGUGUUCGGUCAGCACGAAUGGAAUUACAGCAACAUGAUUCAUGCCACCCAAACCAUUUUCUCCUACUGCGUGUCAGCCUUUCAGAACACGGAAUUUUCCAGCAACAAGGUUCUCGGGGUCCUGUUUCUGUCGUCUUUUAUGUUGGUGAUGCUCUGCAUCUUCAUCAACUUGUUCCAGGCAGUGAUUUUGUCUGCCUAUGACAAGAUGAAGCAGCCUGUGUACGAGGAGCCUUCAGAUGAGGCAGAGGCCAUAACUUAUCUGUGUGACAAGCUAAGAUCUGGGUUUGACUUUCUUACCUUCCGAUCCAGGGACAAAGACCAAUCCGACUUCUUCGUUGACAUGUUGUAUGGGCAGCCAGAGAAGAACAGCCGCCGGUUCCUGGGGCUGAAAACCAGAAACAUCAAAGGGAAGAAAAUGAUUUACCUUGUUGUCUGAUUGGUGAUGGUCAGAAGGGCCCAUAAGCAAUGGUGUCCUCAAACAUGGCGUACGUUUGUCAAG